AUGGCUAACUACAAUGGGCGUCGCAUGCCCAACUUCUCGCAAUACCUCGAUGACUUGAACGCGAUUCCCUCGCCGUAUGACCAGGCUCAGCAGCAGCAACAGCAGCAGACCACCUUCAACGAUGAGGACCUGGCUUUGUUCACCAAUACCGAGUUCUUCGAGUUCGACAAAUUCACCGACUUUGGCGGUCUGCCUCCAUUCUCGCCAGAAGAUGAGAAGCAUGAGGUCGUCUCGGAUCAAUCCGCACACAAUGCCGACCUGAAGUUCUUGGAUUUCCUGAAUGCUGAGGGUCUCAAUGGCAUGUCCGAUUACCAACCCGAUCUGACCGGCUCAAACGUUCAGGUGCCCAUGCACAAUGCCCACUAUUCGGGCCUUCCCUCCGUUCCUAGUGGGCCUGUGGCUGUAAACCAGACACCCAUUCAGCCUGCGCCGAUCAACACCGCCCCGAAGGUCGCCCCGACCCCAUCUGUUUCUAUGUCUCCUUCCACUCCGGUUACCGGCACCAAGCGCAAGAACUCGGCAAAUUCUACCCAGGAGAGCGCUGAGGAGGCUAGUCGUCAAAUGGCUGAGGAGGACAAGCGCCGCCGUAACACCGCUGCCAGUGCUCGUUUCCGUGUGAAGAAGAAGCAGCGUGAGGCUGCCCUCGAGCAAACCGUUAAGGAGACCACCGAAAAGAACGAAAUUCUCGAGGCUCGCGUGUCUCAGCUCGAGCUUGAGAACCACUGGCUUCGUGGUCUGAUCAUGGAGAAGAACGGUGCCGACGAGCAGUCUGAGCAAGACAUCUCCGAUAUGUUCAAGAAGUUUUUGGCCUCACAGAAGGCCGAUGGCUCAAGUAUUUCCGACCUGAAGCGCGGCGUGGGCACUACUGUAUGAAGCAUUGUCCAAUGCUAAAAGAAGAAAGAAGAAGAAAAAAAUCGUCAAAAAUUAAAAAAAAAGAAACCCCAGUCUUAUUUGAUUGCCCUGCUACUCUACUCUGCUGCUUCAGGUAGUGACUGUCCUGGGCUUUUCCCUGUUAGCUCCACCUCACUAUCUUUGCUUUCUUGUUCAUAGUGUUCUUUUUUCAAGCGAUGUUAUUUUCUUAUUUUCUAGCAGCUAGAGCUACUUCAGAUUUUUAUCAUCUGCAGGUCGAGGGGGUGGUGGGUGGAUGAGUGAUGUCUCUUCACGGCAGUUUUAAGGAUUUAGAUGCAAGUAUUCAUUUGUUU